AGCGAACGAGAGAGAGCAGAGCAGCGAACACACACAUGCAGCCAGACCAGCGGAGCAGGCAAAUGAGGUAUGGACGCACUUCCAUUCGCGCUCCGGAAUAACGGAUUAGCAAGUGACAUCGCAGAACAGACGGAGAACCUGGUAAGCCUCAGCGAUUCUCACCACCCGACCAGCGCGUCCGUCAGUAGGGUCACCUUCGUAAUUAACACGUGCGUCUUGUGGACGUGCGUGUGAGUGAGCUAGAGACCGUUAUCCAUUUGGAGCGAGAGGGGAAGAAAGAGAGUCUGGAUAUAACCACUAUCCAAUCCUCCAGACAGCAGCAGAAACCGCAACCGGACUCGGUCCUCCAGAGUAGCCGUCUAGCCGCACCCCCAGUCCCGCAGCCCCAUGCAGGAUGCCCGGAGGGGAGCGCUGGUCCUGGGGUGUCCUCCUGGUCCUACUCAGCCCGAGUUCAUGACGCCCUGGGCUGCUUCAUCAUGCGUCUCCUACCCGCUCCAAGCGCUCACUCUCUCCGGCUACUCUUUCUCUUUAUCUUCGUGAUGGGGGUGGCCCCUUCCCCUGCUCUUACAGCAGGCUGCCCUGACAGGUGUGUGUGUGACGACCAGCUGGUGGUCCAGUGUGCCGGGCAGGAGCUCACCCUCUUCCCCAAUGACCUCCCUCUAGCUACCCGCCAACUCAUCAUCUCCAACAACCGCAUCGGAGAACUUCCAGCAUUGCAACUCAACUACCUGUCUGAUCUAGUAUACCUGGACGUCAGCAACAACACCCUGAUGGAGAUCUCAGAGUCCACCUUCGGGAAUCUCCGGAAGCUGGCCUACCUUGACCUGUCCUUCAAUACACUGACCCAGAUCGAGGACCGGACGUUUGGACCGUUGUCUAGCCUUGUGAUGCUACGGCUAACAGACAACCCGGGGCUAAGUGAGAUCCACCCGGAUGCGUUCUCAGAGAACAUGGCUCUGCAGGUGCUGGAUGUGAGCAGGAAUAACCUGACGACGCUGAACAUCAGCUCUCUGAUUGCCCUGCCCUCUCUGCGCUCCAUGGGGCUCAGUGGAAACCCCUGGAGGUGUGACUGCGAGACGGAGGACCUCUGCCUCUGGGUCCAAAUAGAAGGGUUCAAGUUCCAAGACGAGGGCCAGACAGUGUGCCAGGGGCCUCCAGAGCUGUCUGGGCAACGGCUGGCUGAAGUGGGCAUGCAGCUGAGGGCAGACUGCCACCAGGGCCUGGGCUACUGGGACUACCUGUUCUUCAUCGCUAUCGGCUUCGUCAUCUUCAGCGCCGGCACCGUGUCGGCAUGGGUGAUGGGUGUCCUCAUGGUGCUGUACGAGAGAUACAACAAGAGAAAGGGGGAAGACAUGGACAGUGAUGACGAGGAGGAGAGACAUAUGGGGGGAGGGAUGAUGGGGGGAGGGAAUCAGGGGAAUGGGGAUGUGAAUAAGCCUUGCAUGCAAGUGUGA